UGUUUUCCAGAGGAAACAGAAACACAGGGAUAGAGAGAGAGAGAGAGAGAGGGCGAGACUUCUCCUUCGAUAAGUGCCCUCUCCGUCUCCGAUCCACAUUUUCCGAUUUCGAUUUCGAUUUCAAUCCCAAACCCUAACAACGACACCGUUUUCGCCACAUGACUCUCGUUUCAUCCUCACGCGCCGAUUCUUAACCUUUUCAUGCGACGACUGCACGCCCGUAAAGGGGACACCAGUUCUAAACCUACCGACGACGAUAUGGAUCCGGUCAAGCUCCAAAUCCGGCCCAGCACCCGAUCCAAUCUCUUCUCCCGCAGCCCCAAGCAGAGCACCAGAUCAAGCUUCGUAAUCCUCGCCUCCGUCACCAUCGCCACCGCUCUCGUCCUCUGCUAUCUCCUCUUCUUCACCAGAAGCUCCAGAAAUUCGAAGCGCUACGGGAUUGUGAUCGACGGCGGCAGUACGGGCACCCGAAUCCACGUGUUCGGGUACGGAGUCGACGCCGCCAAUUACGCCGUGUUCGAUUUCGGCAAGGACGGGUUGGCGUCGCUGCGGGUCAACCCGGGGCUGUCGUCGUUUGCGGAGGAUCCGAAAGCGGCGGGCGGGUCGUUGAAGGAGCUUAUUGAGUUUGCCAAGGGGAGGGUUCCGAAGCAGCAGUGGGGGAACACGGAGGUUAGGCUUAUGGCCACAGCGGGGCUCCGGCUGCUGGAUUUGGAUGUUCAGAGUCGGAUUCUGGAGUCUUGCAGAAAGGUGUUGAGGAGCUCCGGGUUUAAGUUUCAGGACGAGUGGGCUUCAGUCAUUACAGGUUCUGACGAAGGACUAUAUGCGUGGGUUGUUGCAAACCAUGCCCUUGGAACUCUUGGUGGUGAUCCUCUGAAGACAAUUGGGAUUAUUGAACUUGGCGGCGCUUCUGCUCAGGUGACAUUUGUUUCAAGUGAGCCAAUGUCUCCGCAGUUUGCGCAUCCUGUCAAAGUUGGAAAUGUCACCUACAAUCUCUACAGUCACAGCUUUCUUCAUUAUGGCCAGAAUGUUGCAUAUGAAUCGUUGAAGGAAGCACUUGCAUUAGGAGACUUCAGCUCAGCUUCAGAAGCACUUCAGAAUAGAAUGAUAAUAGAUCCUUGCACUCCUAAAGGAUAUUCAUAUAAAAUGGAGUCUUCAAAGCUUUCACCAAGUUCGUUGGGUGAGAAGAAUGAAUACUUAUCUGCGCUGCAAUCGAGGGGCAAUUUUUCUGAGUGCAGAUCUGCUGCAAACAUGAUGUUGCAAAAAGGAAAAGAUAAAUGUUUAUAUCAACCCUGCAAUAUAGGAUCAACUUUCACACCAAAGCUUCAGGGGAAGUUUCUGGCUACAGAAAAUUUCUUUCACACAUCCAAGUUCUUUGGUUUGGGCCCAAGGGCAUUUCUUUCUAAUCUGAUGAUUGCUGGACAACAAUUCUGUGGAGAUGAUUGGUCAAAAUUAAAGAAGAGAUAUCAAGCAUUUGAUGAAGAAGCUUUGCUGCAGUAUUGCUUCUCUUCAGCAUAUUCUGUGGCCUUACUUCAUGACAGUCUUGGAAUCUCUUUGGAUGAUGAAAGAAUCAGGGUUGCAAAUCAGGUCGGAAGUAUUCCACUUGACUGGGCUCUUGGAGCUUUCAUCUUGCAAAGCACAUCUGACUUGGACGUAGGGCACACUGAUUGGAUUUCCGCCAUAAUUAGUGAUGGAUCACCCACACUGCUGUCAGUAAUUUUCAUCUUUGCAAUUUUGUUGUUUACAGUGUGGUCUCUGUCAAAGUGGAGGAAGCCCCAGCUGAAGACGAUUUAUGAUCUGGAGAAAGGGCGGUAUAUAGUCUCUCGUAUCAGUAGAAGUUGAAUAGAAUCUGCUAGAGGAAAUGUCCACUUGUUACGUAGAUGUGGAGGGAGUGAGUGGCGCGAUAUGGUAAAUCGAAUUUCACUCUAGCAGCCUCGGUUUAGUGCCCAAGGCCACCCUCUGAAAGUUACCAACUGGAGAUGAGAUUGUACAUUGUGGGGUUUCCACACAGAAUGUAGAGUAAAUUGCCGGAGCUAGGAUUAGAUUCCCAUUUUGUAUUCAAGGGAGCCCAGCACCUCUUAUUGAUUAUACCACAGGCUCUUGUCACCCAUCGCGAGGUUAGGAUAAAAGUUGGGUAGGUUGGUUGUGGGGAGAGAUUUAGAAUGCUGUAUCGUUGUAUGAUAAUACGUUAAUGUUAAUGCACGGACUCUGCUGCUCGCAUCUGAUUAUUCUUAUACUGAAGCAGCCUUCAUUCAUCA